UUCACACGUGCACGCCCGCGUGUCACUGUCAGACAACAGACCAUGUCCAGCUCAACUCAUACUCCAUAGAGCUCUCAGCUCUCCAUCUUUAUAAGCCACCAACGCCACAGAGAGAGACACCCACACACAUACACUUGUCUCGCACGCAGCUGCCAACACCAACGAUCAUCAAGCUCUCAAGUGGCCAUGGCGCGCGCCUUCGUGCGCUCCAUCUCGUUCCCGCUGAGCCCGUCGAGGUCGCCGUCCUCCUCCAAGCCGCGCGCGCCGUCGUCGUCGUACCACGCGCGGUCCGUGAGCCUGCCGUGCCGCUCGCACCCGAUCCUGGCGCACCUCCACACCCACAUCCGCUCCGUGCGCGCCUGGGCGCAGCAGGGGCCGUCGGCGCUGGCCGCCUCCGUGGCCACGGGGCUGGCGCACGUCGACGCGCUCCACGCCGCGCUCGGCGACCUGCUUGACCUGCCCGAGGCCCAGGACGCGCUCUCGGGCGCCGGGGGCAGCGUCGACCGCCUCCUCGACUCCUUCCUCCGCCUCGCCGACGCGCACGGCUGCUUCCAGGAGACCGUGGUCGCGCUCAAGCAGGACGUCGCCGAGGCGCUGGCCGCCGUGCGGCGCCGCGACGGUGCGCGCCUGGCUUCGGCCGUGCGGGCGCAGCGCAGGGCCGGGAAGGAGCUCACGCGCCUCGCCGCGAUGGCGAGGGAGUGCGCCGUCAGGCCGUCGCGCCUCAGCAUCCUCGGCGGUGGUCAAGGCAGCGCGGCCGAAGCCGAGGUGACGGGGCUGCUGAUGGAGUCGGCCGCGGCGACGGCCUCGGCGUCCGCCGCGCUGUUCGGGGCAGUGGCGGCCAUGUCCGGGUCUGUGGAGGCGGAGUCGUGCUCGUGCAAGGGCACGGCGGCGCUGGUGUGCCUGGUGAAGAAGAACAAGAAGAAGUCGCCGGCGACGGGGUCUGGGGAGGAGGGGAUGGCGGUGGCGGCCGUGGCGGAGAGGCUGGAGGAGCUGGAGGAGUGCAUCGAGGAGCUGGAGGCCGGCAGCGAGAAGGUGUUCCGGAGCCUGGUGCAGACCAGGGUCGCGCUUCUCAACAUACACACGCUCCACAUCUUCUAAAUUUAUUACUUCCAUCCUUCUUAAUUGUAGCCUUGAAAUUAGUUUCAGCAACCAGUGUAACUGUAAAUAAGUAGAUAAUGAAUGGAAGUGGACAGUGGUAAAAUA